AGAAGUGCAUCCCGGGAAGGAAAAUGCUUUGCGGACCCUUGUGCCGAUUCCUGUGGCUUUGGCCCUAUCUAUCCUAUAUUGAAGCUGUGCCGAUCCGAAAAGUCCAGGAUGACACGAAAACCCUCAUCAAGACGAUUGUCACCAGAAUCAAUGACAUUUCACACACGCAGUCUGUCUCCUCCAAACAGAGGGUCGCUGGUCUCGACUUCAUUCCUGGGCUCCACCCUCUUCUGAGUUUGUCCAAGAUGGACCAGACGUUGGCCGUCUACCAACAGAUCCUUGCCAGUCUGCCUUCCAGAAAUGUGGUCCAAAUAUCUAAUGACCUGGAGAACCUCCGGGACCUUCUGCACCUGCUGGCUUCCUCCAAGAGCUGUCCCUUGCCCCGAGCCAGGGGCCUGGAGACCUUCGAGAGCCUGGGCGAUGUCCUGGAAGCCUCACUCUACUCCACGGAGGUGGUGGCCCUGAGCAGGCUGCAGGCAUCUCUGCAGGACAUGCUUCGGCGGCUGGAUCUCAGCCCUGGGUGUUGAGGCCUUGGAGGUCUCUCUUCCCAAAGUCAAGGAGAAAACCCUGGGCUCCCAGGUGUCCUCAGGAGAGAGCCCAUGUGGGUGUCCUUUAUCCAGGCCCCAGGCCAUUUGUCUCUCACACCUCUGAGCCACUCUUCCAAAGGCAUAAGCCUUCAAGGCACAAAACUGAAGAUAGAAUGCAUGAUUCCAUGCUCACCAGGAAAGAGGACCCACCCGGCAAACAGUGAACCAGACCUGAGGAUCCCACAAAACCUUCCUUCCUGUGCCCCUCCCCUCUCACUGCAUGCUUCAGCGUGACCUGGGGUGAUUUCAGGAGGCCCAUCACCUUUGGAUGGUGGAUCAUCAAAGCGAGGUUCUAGCUGAGAAUUCUGGGAGCACCGUGAUGGUUAUAUCCACAAAGCUGCAAACUCGCAAGCCACGCAUUAUUUAUUAUGCAUUUUAUUCUGGAUGGAUCUGAAGCCAAACAUCAGCUUUUCCAGGCUCUUUGGGGCCAGCCAGGUCUAGGGAUGCUGUUUCCAGCCCCACUGGUGGGCCUGGCCGAGGCAAACCCAUUUCUAGCGACUUGAGGGCUCUCAAGUUAGUUCUUUGGUAACUGUCUUUGUUUCUACUGUGACUGAUAUGAAAUUACAGUGUUUGCAAUGGCAUUGCCCUGAGCGGAUCUCCUAGGACCAGGUUCUUUCAAAAAGAAGAUGAAUUUUGUCAAGUGUGAUAUAUAGAUGUGUGCAUGUGGAGGUGGGGGAACGUGUUUGCGGGAAGGGGAAGGAUCAGAAUAUAUUUUCUGAAUUACAUUUGUGUGAUGGACUUUUCAGAAGGGGCGGAGUCAUUUUCUCCUCUCUGUAGCCACUUAGUGUGUUUUUCUUGAAGAUAACAAAGGAGAUGACUCUUGUAGAGGGGUUGUGAGGUUUUACCAGCCACCUGUGGAGGGAGGCUGAGGCUUGUCUAUUGAGACAACUGUGAAGUCUGGACUUCCCCAGUUGCUGGAGAGAGGUCUUUCUUAUCGGGGAACAAGGAUCCCUCACUGGAGAAUGAUCCCCAGAGCAGGGUCUUUGGUAUGGUCCUUGAAAUGCUCUGGGGAUGACCCCACACUGGAUUUACAAAUCCCUACUUGGGAUUUCAUGCCAAACUGUGGUUCUCAUCAGACUGGCUCACCCAAAGCAUGACCAUGUUUCCUACCCAUUUGAUGUAGAUUUUUAUUCCAGUGGGAGGGUCUGUAGGCUUUAUAAAGUGGAUGGUCCCAAGACUCCGGCCAGCACUGCUGAGUGCCAGCACCCCCAGAGUGCACUUCCCACUAGAGGUCACGUUUGGUAGGCUGAAUGAACAAGGAGGCUUGGGUUUUCCACUGUCCUGCCACUGUGAUGAGGCCAUCACAUUACAGGACGUGGAUUUGUCCAAGGAAAUUUGAAUCAAAGCUUAUCAACAUUAAGACUGAGCACCUACUUCGUGCUCAGCCCUGAUUGGUGCUAUGGGCUAGAGAAGCUCAACAAGUGAACUUAAAAACCCAGUCUUGCCCUCAGGGACCUUGCAUUCCAGAUGAUAAAAACCCUACACAGCAGCACGCAAAGGCUGGGCUUUCGCCAUGGCAACCAAGCUGCUGAGAGAGUGGGCUCCUGGGCAAGGUGGCGGUGCUCAGGCGCUCACUGGCUAACCCUGCUUGCACUUGGUAGCAUUUUGCUUUUCAGGUCCUGGCAGCAUUAAUUACUGUGUAGCCACAUCCCUUUUUGAAGCAGCUUGGCUGACCAUUUAAAAAUAAAAUACCUGAGACCAUAAUGGCAGAUGGGUAGCAGGGCCAAGACUAGAGGUCAGGUUUUCUGGCUCCCCAGAGCAUCCUUGGAUCCAGGUGAUGCUCCCUGGAGGUGCAGAUAGCACUGGGCAGGGGAGACCAGGAGUGCUUGCGGGAGAGAGGAGCUGGAGGCAACUUUGCAGAAGGUGCAGGAUGUGAAUUGCCUGGAGGGAGGAGGUUGUUUUAUUUAUGCCAAGACACCAGGGUGAAGGCAGGUGCAGCCAGUUGCAAAGAAUGACAGACGAAGGAAAUAUGGGAGGGAUGGGGACCUGUGGAAGAGGUCAUCAGUGGCUAAGAAGCUUGAUAUCGAAAGGGUUAAGAGUUGAACGUUCUAGAGCAGAGUGGUUCACAAGAUGGACAGAGUAAGGUCCAUUCUGGAGAAUAGGACCUAGAUAAUCACUACUACCCAGAGAGGCUGGGAUCUUUUAAGCCUUCAUUCACCAAAACUUGGCCUAUGGCUCAUUCUCAGAGUGUAAAAGUUCUAAAAUGUAUAUUAUUGUCCUUUUUUGUAACUUCGAAAAUUUUUUUGGUUGUUAAAAAAAAUCCAAAUAAAUUAAUUUUGCCCCCUG